CCAAAUUACCACCCAUCACGAACCAAUCCGAAUAUAAUAUCCACGUGUCGGCAUUCGUUAGUCUAUCUCUUGUUUAGUUGUAGUUGUAGGAAAAAUGGAGGCGGAUAGUCCACAGACCUCUGGUGCCUCCAAAGUCGACCUCCCGAACGAUCCUGGGAAGAUGUUCGUCGGAGGCCUGAGUUGGGAAACAACGGCAGAGGGUCUGCAGGAAUACUUUAGCAAGUUUGGAGAUCUAAAGGAGUGCUUAGUGAUGAGGGAUCCUAACACAAAACAAUCGAGGGGGUUUGGGUUUGUUACUUUUGAGGAUCCAACCGCUGUAGAUGCGGUGUUGAAAGCAUGCCCACACGAACUUGACCACAAGAAGAUCGAUCCGAAAGUCGCUGUGCCCAAAAGACCUCAACCGAAGCUGGUGACAAAAACAAAGAAGAUAUUUGUAGGUGGUGUGUCUGCUUCUACCACUGAAGAAGACUUGACUAAUUUUUUUAAACAAUAUGGAGAGGUAGCAGAAUCCAAGCUUAUGUUUGAUAAAGUCACACACAGACAUAGAGGAUUUGGUUUUGUAACAUUUGAAACUGAAGAUGCAGCUGAGAGUGCUUGUGAGGAACAGUUCCACCUGAUCAAUGACAAGAAGACUGAAGUUAAGAAAGCACAACCUCGAGAAGUGAUGCAAAGUUUGCAAGGUGGGCGUGGUAGGGCUGGUAGGGCCUUGGCUGGACGAGGGUUCUUGUAUCCUUUCCCUCCUGGGUUUCGAGGCUUUCCUCCAUCAGGCUUUGGCCCUGGUUUUGGUAACUUUGGUGGCCCAUUUCAAGGCGGGUACAGUCCUGCUGCAGCAUUUGCAGCAUUUGCAGCACAGAACAGGCCAGUAAGAGGCAAAGGACGUGGUUACUUGGGAAACUAUCCAGGAAUGCUUGGUUUUACUGGCUAUCCUUCUGGCUUCAUGAAUCCCCCUGACCAACGACGAACAGCAGGAGGUCAGUAUUAUGCAGACUAUGCCACCAUAAGUAAUCAGGGAGGCCGUUCAGGACCUAACAGACCACCUGACAUCCCACAAGUUAACCCAGCCAUGCCGGAAUAUACUGACUAUCAGGGCAUGAAUUACCAUCAUACCCAACAAUUUGGUCCACCACCACCCUCUCCAGUAUCCAGGGCAUUUGCCACAGCUGCAACCAGUCCAGGACCUGUUCAGGAUCUCGGCAGCUACAUCAACUCUGCUGCAAAUACUUCAGCAGAUGGUUUGGGGUACACAGCCACCAGUCCUCAGCCUACAGGCUUUGGUCAUGCCAUGGCGUUCUGAAGGAGGAGAGCAUCAUUAUUUCCGUUGGCCACUAAAGAAUCAUCGGCAUGAGACGCUGAUUGACUGAAGAACUUGCCAAGUUGUUUCAGGUCGAAUUUUUGCUUUUGAUGAAUUUCGACUUUGGAGGUACAAAACCAUGAUACUGUCUCGAUUACGAGACAAUUAAUCUCGAUUUUAUUAUCCACCUAGUCAAAGGUGAAACAUUUUUUGAUGGUCAAAAUGAAAUUUAAUGACUUCUGUUGUAGAGAUAUUUCUAGUUUACAUAUAACUUGAUUUACAUGACCAUUUUAGUAACAAGGCAGGCUAGUCACAUCUUUUGUUCAUUGGUAGAAGUAGUUAGCAGUUAUUUACAAUGGCUCAGUGUGUGUAGAUUUCUUUGCAGUGGAUAGUUACAAAAACUACAUAUGAUUAUUCGGUGAAAAAGUCAACCCAUCUCUCAUUUAAAAGAGUUCAGAGGUUUGGCGACUCGGGGUCACGGUUUCAUUCAAAGAAAGUAUUUAAGUAGCACGGGUUGAUUAUCUUUUGUUGUAGUGAUUUACUAGAAUGAGAGAAUUUUCCAGUUGUAUGACAUUUUGGUGGCGUAUUGCGGUCGAUUGGAAAACCCACGAGCCAAACAGGAAGUAAGAGGGAGGGGUUGGAAAUGAAGAUUUGGUUUUCGGGGCGAAGUUAAAUCGUUUGAGAAUGAAGAAUGUUUUUUAUCAGAAAGGGAUUUAGGUUCAUUUUGAUUGGACUGCUUCAAAACAACUUACAUACUGUUUAGACUCAAAUGCGAAAAUAAGAAACCAAAAUUACAGAGCGCUCCGGUAUUUUAUUUCGCAUCAUCACAGCAAUAUAUACUACACCUUCCAUCGUGCACCAAGAGUCUGAUACCUAAAGAAUUCUUCUUUUUUUUUUUCUUGAAAAGACUCCGUAUGUAGAGACGAUGUCUAGAUUUCCGUUUAGUACUACAUUUGUGGGUAAAUUCGAAAGAGAAACGAUUAUAUUUAGAGUUAACGUAGAAUGUGCGAGUCGACGCAGUGAAGAUAGGUAAGCACGGUUCUGCAAAAGUAAGGUAUGGAAUAGUAAAGGUAUAUUUGGGUUUCAAGUUAAACUGCAGUGUAUAGCGACAUAGGACUAGAAAAAAAUGAAGGGUUAGCUGUUCUCUCACGCCCCCCAGAGUAUUUCAUAUUCUAUGUAUGUAAGGGACAUCAAAUGUCAAUCUCGAAUUCGUUUUAUUUUCUCUUCUUUCGUGAUCUGAUUUGUGGUAUGAAAACUAUUUACUUUUUGGUUUGUCAGUUUCAAAAACUGGCCUUUUGUAAGGAGUAGAUGAAGGCAAACGAGAGGUUUUGGUCGAGGUUCGAUUCAUUUUUCUAUUUUUAACUUCUUUGGGGUCGUGAAAGACCUCCUAAGUUUUCCAUCUUAAAAAAAAAACAAAGACGCAUGAAAUUUCCGCACGGUGAAAACUCGUCUGUUGAUAGAAGGUGCUCGCUGAUUUCCCCUAGAGAGAAAGAGAUUGAAGAGGAAUGCUAACGCUCUCCUAGAUUUGUUCAUUAAUUAGUUACGCAGAGUAUUGCACUAGAACCGGUUCCCUUGAGCUGAUACGUUACUCCAAUGGUCGAUGUUAAGGCUAGUUUGUUUAUAUCACUGUUUAGUUUCUCCGUUGUUUGUUCUCUUUUUUCCAACAUAUAACUCACGCACAGAAGCUUGCCUUCAUCUUCUCCUUGUUACUUUGAGAAAACUUAGACAUCAGCAUUUUGUGGCUGAUUUUGUGAGGGAAAUUCAUUAUCAAUUGUGACGCCACUUUAUAAGUGACGGCUGCAAGACUGAGAAAAAAGUAGUGCACAGAUAGUGUUUUAGAAAGUUUCAAACAACGAAUGAGUUAAGUUAUUUAAGUUUUCUCAAAAGAAAAUUAAUAAUAAAUCCAAAGGUUUUAUUCGUGAGCAUGCACCGUGCACAGCCAAGAAUGCGGAACGAUUUAAAGGUUUUGCCACUCUAAUAACUUAUGAAAUCUUACCCUGCGAGAUUGAGGUCCUCUUGUCUUUCCUCUCGCCCACAAGAGGAACCCCUAAACGCAUUGCCCCUGCGCGAGUUCGACACAACCAUCUCUGGACCAGUCUCGAGCCCAGGGUCAUUUCGGUCCCUUGUCAGCGGUAUGGUCCAUGCCGCUGAGAAGAAGCCGUGAUGACCCUUGGCUCGCGAGAUUGUUUCGGGACGAGAAUGUGAUACUUGAUACGUCAAUGUAUCCCACUAACUUAUCAGUAAGAGUCGAUCGCUGUCUCACAGGGUAACCAAAUAUCAACGUGCUGUAGAUAUUUCAAAGUGGCCAAACUAGAGCGUGAAGUCAGCAGAUAGUGCACUCGUCAGGUCCUGCUCAUUUAAAUUAUUUGUACAAUUUUUCAUGUUUAUCACAAGGAGAUUAUUUUCAUUAUGUUAUCAUUUACAAUUUAAACCUCCCACGUUUAUUUUCCAGUCGCAUUUACCGGUAACAAAGAAGGAUCCACUUGAUCUUAUCUCGUUGCCAAAAAUGUUUUUUCGUACUCUGAACUUCAAGUGAUAAAAUGACUAGGACUUGGUAGGAAUAUUAGCUGGAGCCAACCGUUAGAUGCCUGGCUGAUAAACAAUCAAUUGAUUCACCAUUCAAAAGCGAAAAUUGAAAGCGUACUCACAAAGAAUUCGAGUACCAUGUAUUUAUUCUUAUCUUCUAUUUUCUUGAUAAUCUAUUAUUUCUAAAUUAUUAACAUUUUAUUAUUUGACAAUCCAUAUACUGUAGUUACAAGGCCAUUUGCUUUACAGAUAUAUCUCUUAGUCCACUUUCAUCAUAAAAUUCAGAGGAGCGCGGUUGUCUGUUUUAAAGAGACAGAGUUCCUCUUUCUUUCACGGUGGAAUAAGGGAUAAUCAUUUCAAAUCAGAAAAUGGCAAAUUCGAUUGCAUCUUAAUUUGUCACGCAAAUUGUUCUCAAGAAAAAUGUAUUCACUGGAUUCAUUCAUUUUUAUCGCAUGAACCAUGAAAAUUUAAGAAAGAAAACAACUAAUACUUAAGAAUUAAAUCUCAUUAUCAAAUCUAUUUCUUUUCUUUAUCUCGCUAGAGCGAACCGAAACGAGGAGAAAAAAUUCCUCAAUGUCAACAUUUAAGGGGGUGUGACUUUUUAUCCUUAAAGGAGAAUGUGCUGUGACUAUCAAAACGUUUUGUCAUUGCUAUAGAACAAGUCCUUGCUGCAAAAAUCAUGAACCUAGAACCCACUAGUGCGUUUUUCGAUAUUUGGCCCGAAAGUUUUCUUUUUUUUUUUUUAAUGAUGUUAACACUGCAGAACGUGUAAGUGCGUUCUUUUCAAUAGUUACCAGAAACCCCGGCUUACCUGAACCUGCAUGUCAUUGAAACAUUUUGAAAUGUAGUGGCUAAAUCACUGAUAUGACGGAAUUUGUGUGAUAAUUACUCAAACGACAGCCUCAGUCUCGUAAGGUGUCACGCAACGUUACCCUCCUUAUGGGAGCAUUGCGUGACUUUUCGAUCACAGUAUCUCCCCACUGAAUUUUAUUUGACUAGUUAGAUUAUAACCAGUAUUGCUUGUUAAGAGUACCGAUAAUAAGUAGAAGAUUUUUAAAACGUAAUACCAUUCAAAUGCGUAAUUUUAUAAAAAUUUUAUCUUUUACCACAUGUUUGUACUUAUAGUUUUCCCGCUUAAAACAGUCAACAAAAGAGACUGACCAAAGUUAUAUCGCGAGAAUCUUAGAGAUGUCAGAAUUGUAUUACAUCUAAAUAUAGGAGGACUUGUUGGUUAGCACCACUGGUUUACCUUGUUGACUGUCUUACGCUGGAACACAAGUUUGUGAUAAGAGAUUAUUGAACGUAUUUUAUUCAAAAAUGGAGAGUAAGUAUAUAUUUUCAAAGGUUUCUUAAAAUCGUUCAAAACUUUGAGAGAAAUCUUGAUGCAAGUGAGAUGUUUUGUAUGUGUUGCGAUCUUUAGUGGAUAGUGGUUUAAAUGGUGCCGCGCGUAGAAACAGAAGAUCUUCACCUUUGGCGGUGAAUUGUACAGGCAAUAUUGAUAUCAUACACUAGGCAAGAUUUUGAUGCUAUAAAACUGUCAUGUUUCACCCCAGUUGCUCUUUUAUUUUUCUAAAAUUAUAAGGCACGUUAAAGGUAUGAAAUGGUAGACGACUUGAGAAAAGUUUGACCAGUUUCUUCGUUACUUACAGAGCAAAUGAUAGUUUGGUAUAGUGGGACGAUUUGUUUUAUGUUCGUUCAUUGAAAUCUAUAUGAGAGGAAAAUCAAUCUGUAGUGUCAAUUGCUUGUCCUAGUGUUAAAAUUUAAAGUGCCACUGAAAUAGUUCAUUGCAGCUCUCACCAUAAACCAUGCUAAGAGCGAAUUAGUGUAGAAAAGUAUAGGCUAUAAGUCCCCAGGGGGAGGCUUACAUUAAACUGGCAGAGUCUCGUACGGAGAAUUUGUAAUAUCAAACAAGAGAAAGAUCUGAAAGCACCUAAGAGUAGUGUCGACUCCUCCUGGGUAAUGAGUACGUAGUCCAUUUGAAGCGUUGGUUUCAUCAGAUGAAACCGUUUACUACUAGUUUUAAUCUACCUAGUCAUGCUGUGUUUAACACUCGGAAAUCUAGUCCUUGAAAGAUGUAUAUGGCUGUAUUUGAAUGAAUAAAAUUUGUACAGAGA